AAAGAGAGAGCGAAGAGAUGAGAGGAGAGAAACGAAUUUGAUCCACAACAAAAUAGUGAGCCUGUCUCUUCUAAUCGCACAGUCCGUUUUCCACUGCCGUCUUGAUUCUGUUUCUUUAUCAUCGCGACCGUGUUUAUUUUGCAUGUUUAUUUGUGUCAGCUGGAUAUUUACGGCUAAACAGAAAUUAUGUCUGGCCAGCAUUAUUGCCUGCGAUGGAACAAUUAUCAGAGUAACAUGACUUCCGUUUUUCACCAACUCCUGCAAAAUGAAGCCUUCGUCGAUGUCACGUUAGCAUGUAACGACUUAUCACUAAAAGCUCACAAGGUGGUGCUGUCUGCUUGUUCCUCAUAUUUCCAGAAGCUCCUUUUAGAGAAUCCAUGCAAACAUCCGACGAUCAUAAUGCCGCAGGAUGUCUGUUACGCCGACUUGAAAUUUAUCAUAGAAUUCGUCUACAAAGGAGAAAUCGACGUUUCCCAGACUGAAUUGCAGUCUCUUCUACGGACGGCCGACCAGCUGAAAAUCAAAGGCCUGUGUGAACCCCCCGACGAAAAAGAGAAUUCACCAUUAGAGCCUCAGUAUUUUCCCAAAAAUUUUUCCAAAGUUAGGAAAUCAUCAUCACCUAAGCAAUUCAAGCCUCAAGACAAUAACAGAAGAUACAAACAGAAGAAACCACACUUAGACAAUACAUCGGAUAAGGAAGAUAAUGGUAGUUUAGAAGCACAUUCUUCAGACGAGGAACAUGAUAUGCCAGUAGCUUUAAAUGAUCACAAGAGAAAAAGGGCGGAGCCUGAACAAGUAAAACCACUCAACAUGAGCAGUCAUGGGAUUUUGACAGGACAGACGAUCUUCUCUCAGUUUGGGGUAGACACAGAUGACUUCCCUCCAGAGCCUCCUGCGCCUUCGGCGAUCCCCGUGGGUCACGUGGACAUGCAGGACCAUUCACCAACUCGUACCCUCCUCACCAACACCAUUCACCGAACCGAUUUGUCCGACUCGAAUGUCAAAUACUGCGAUAUCAAAAAAGAGGCCGAUAUCAAAUUUGAAACGUUGCGAUCGUACGACCAAGACUCUUUGCUCGAGAUGGAUUCACACAUGUCCGGCCCUGACCAUUCCAUGGACAGUCACGAGGACGACCAGAGUAUGCACCAGAUGAUGGUCACUCCAGAACUGAUGGGCAUGAUGCCGGGAGUUUCAAAUAGAUUAGAAUUAAGUAGCAACGAAGUACCUGCAUUAAAAAACAACGGGCAUUCAGACAGUUUGCAUCACACGCCGAGGUCGCACGGCGGAGGCCCGAAAACUUGGACUCAGGAAGACAUGGACAUGGCCUUAGAUGCUUUAAGAAACCACAAUAUGAGCCUAACAAAAGCUUCAGCAACUUACGGUAUUCCCUCCACGACGCUCUGGCAGCGAGCGCAUAGACUAGGUAUAGAUACGCCAAAGAAAGAAGGACCGACAAAGUCAUGGACUGAAGAAAACUUGAACAGUGCACUUGAGGCGCUGAGGACUGGAACGAUUUCGGCCAAUAAAGCGAGUAAAGCUUACGGUAUUCCCAGUAGCACUUUGUACAAAAUAGCCCGCCGUGAAGGCAUCAGGUUAGCCGCCCCAUUUAACGCCGCCCCCACGACGUGGACCCCUGAAGAUCUCGAAAAGGCCUUAGAAUCGAUUAGAUCAGGUCAAACGUCCGUACAAAAAGCCUCGACUGAGUUCGGAAUUCCUACGGGAACACUUUAUGGACGAUGUAAGCGCGAAGGGAUUGAACUUUCAAGGUCGAAUCCGACGCCGUGGUCCGAGGAUGCCAUGGGGGAGGCACUGGAGGCUGUUAGGUUGGGGCACAUGUCCAUAAACCAGGCUGCCAUACACUACAAUCUGCCUUAUUCGUCGCUGUAUGGCAGAUUCAAACGAGGAAUCAAGUACGAAUCGGACAACAUCGAGCCGAACUCCGAUAGUCAGUCGCAAAUGGACGGCCACAGUUAUGGGAUGGAUUAUGCGAAUACUCAUCAACAAAUUCAAUACCAGAAUCAGACAAAUAGCUGAGACAUAGUUUUCAACUUUGAUAGUUUCUAGAAUAGAGAAGAUUCUAAUUUUUUCAAGAAGGUUUUGUGAUGAUGGAAGUGCGUCAGCUUAGUUAAUUAAGAGACUUGAGUUUUGAAAUUACCAACUUAGGCUGUUGUAUUAUGAUACUUAAUUUUUAAUUUUGUUUUUAGGAUACGUUGCCUUUCCGUGAGGCGAUAUUACAAAGUGCAAUAUUAAACCAUUUAAUACCAUUAGGACUAGUGUACAGAUCUUGUAUAUUCUUCUAGCUAAUUUACUCAAGCAAUGUUUUUGCCAGCUAUGGGUUCUUGUAUAUAAUUUCAACCAACUUUUAUUGUUUUAUUUACCUCAGCUGCACUUUUUUGCUAUUUAUGUACUUAGAUAUUUUUAUUUAUUAUGUUUACGAGCUCCGAGUGAUCCGAGUCAGUUUUUUGUUUUUAAUAAAAAUCUUAAAACUU